CCCAGAUUCAGUCUCCCCCCACCGCUUCCCAGGCCUUGAUGAUGUGGCGACCUUCCAUUCUGCUGCUGCCGCUGCUGUUGCUGCUCAGAUCCUGGGCCCAGGGGAAGCCUUCCCCGGAUUCGGGGCCUCACGGCCAUGCGAGGGUGCACCAGGAGACCCCCCUGAGCGAGGCCCCUCACGAUGAUGCCCACGGGAACUUCCAGUAUGAUCACGAGGCUUUCCUAGGAAGAGAUGUGGCCAAGGAAUUCGACCAGCUCAGCCCAGAGGAAAGCCAAAUCCGUCUAGGGCGCAUCGUGGACCGCAUGGACCGCGCCGGGGACGGGGACGGCUGGGUGUCGCUGGCCGAGCUCCGCGCGUGGAUCGCGCACACGCAGCAGCGGCACAUUCGGGACUCGGUGAGCGCGGCCUGGGACACGUACGACACGGACCGCGACGGGCUUGUGGGUUGGGACGAGCUGCGCAACGCCACCUAUGGCCACUACGCGCCCGGGGAAGAAUUCCACGAUGUGGAUGAUGCUGAGACCUAUAAGAAGAUGCUUGCUCGGGAUGAGAAGCGAUUCCGGAAGGCUGACCAGAAUGGGGACUCCAUGGCUACCCGGGAGGAGCUGACGGCUUUCCUGCACCCCGAGGAGUUUCCCCACAUGCGGGACAUCGUGGUCGCUGAGACGCUGGAGGACCUGGACCGGAACAAAGACGGCUAUGUACAGGUGGAGGAGUACAUCGCUGACCUAUACACCGGGGAGCCAGGGGAGCCCGAGCCCGCCUGGGUGCAGACAGAGCGGGAGCAGUUCCGGGACUUCAGGGACAUGAACCAUGACGGGCGACUGGACCGCGACGAGGUGGGCCACUGGGUGCUGCCGCCUGCCCAGGACCAGCCGUUGGUGGAGGCCAAUCAUCUGCUGCAUGAGAGUGACAGUGACAAGGAUGGACGUCUGAGCAAAGCCGAGAUCUUGGGCAACUGGAACAUGUUUGUAGGCAGCCAGGCUACCAACUACGGCGAGGACCUCACACGGCACCAUGACGAGCUCUGAACCCCUCCUGCCCCUUCAACCCUUCAACCUGUCUCCCCAGCGCACUUCAGGGGUUCAAGAGCACUGGAAGCACCUGCCAAGCCCCUCAUCUCCUCCACAGCCAAUCCAGCCUCCUGGCUCUCACCUUGUGCCCCCCAACUCCAAUCUGAGCCUCUCGCCACAUCCAGGGAGGCAAUAAAAUACAGUGCUGGGG